UAUUCACUGAUGACAUCCCACGCCUUCCCUAGACGCAACAUUUAACACACACACACACACACACACACACACACACUAUAGUUGUUAUUCAUUGAUGACUUGCCAAGCCAUCCCUAGACGCAGCAUGAAUAAAAAGGCAACGCAUGACUUCGCAUGCAGCAGUCUGGCGCACCACCUGUCCCCGCCGUGCAUUCCCACCUCACCACCAAGAUCAGUACACGAUGGUCGCCGUCGCCUUGCUAACGUGGCUACUCUUCCUCAGUACACAGUCCCUGCGGUCCGCUGCACUGCUGCGCCAAUCUUUAGAAAGCACAGCACCAGAAGCACUAGCAGCAGUGCAAGGCGUCUUGGCGUCACAGCGUCAGCACCAGUGUCCGGCGCUGCUCUUGUAUGACAACCCUAGCCAGGUUGCUCUCACAUUCGUGAAGGACACCGAGAAGCUAUCGCCACGCGGCAUCGCCAUCUUCCUGGUCGCGUCUCAACACACCCAGGGUAAUGGAACGCUGGCGUUCCUGAAGGCGACGGUCGACAAGGUUCGUCAGAUGGGAGGGGCGUGGCACUGCCUGGUGGUGGUGGUGGUGAGUGAUGACCCAGCCUUCCUCACCGCUUUCGCCCACCUCUCACUCAGGCGUCACGCCUUCAGGUGGUCCACCAGGAUCCUCAUCUUCACUCACCUCCCUCUCAGCCAUCUUAGCGGCCUACAUAACCUUCUCUCCAACAGAAACGCCAUGCUGCUCCUCGCGCACCGGAGCCAGAAAACCACAAGGUACAUUAAACACAAAGUUGAUGAAAAUCUUUACUAUGUGGUAUCAAAUUACGAGCAGAUUCACUACAGCACCAACGCUGACUGUGGCGGUGGAAUUAAUGCCUCACCACACAAUCACCUAGCAAUGCACAACAGGUACAGGUAUGUGGUGUCCCCAGACAGGACGUUCGGGACCAAAAUGUCUGACGGCUCCUGGACCGGCAUGAUGGGGUUGGUGGUGCGGGAGGAGGUAGAUUUCGGAGGCGUGCCCUUCAUGCUAUCGCCAGCACGAGCAGCAGCAGGAGACUACACUACGGUGAUAUAUACUGGAAACGUGAUGAUACUUGGGGGGCUGGGAGGUCUUGAGAUUGACCCGUGGGGCUUCCUACUGCCCCUCACGCCCGUAGUGUGGGCAGCCUCUCUGAUGGCACUGCUGAGCGUGCUGGCUCUGCUGAAAAUGUUUUCCCUCAGUCUCCCCACCAAGAUGCUAAAUCACGGCACCUUAAGCCCUGUGCGCGUCCUCCUGCAGCAAGGUGAGUCUCAGGGAUUGUGCUGGGCCCUCCUGCCGGGGAUGCCUUGCGUCUUGAAGGUUUCCAUGUUCUCAGGGAUCAAAAGUCAUACCCUCAUGAAGACUAAUUUUGCCUAACUUAUUCCCAACACAGACGUGGAGUGGCCCGCGCAGUGGUGGUGGUGGGAGCGUCUGAUGCUGGGGCUGUGGAUGUUGACCACGCUGGUGCUGACCA